UGGAAGAAAAUUUCCUAUUGCCUGUUGCCUGGCAUUGUGUGAUAGGCUUUAAAACCGUAUGAAAUAAAGCCCCGGCUCUUCUCAAGUUUCUCUCUGUUUACUAAAUUACUACACACGUACAACUGAGCCAAGCGGUCAGUUGUAAAACGUGCUCCGGCCGAGACUGUUUUUUUUUCCGGAACGUUGUUCUGAGAUAAAAGCGAUUUAAUAUCGAGAACCGCCCGCGGGUCCUCUCGCGCGUCAACACAGGCGAGAGGAUGGGCCCACGCUUUAUUUACACGCGUAUAUGACAUCGCGGCGACGAGGGAAACGCGAAGGGUCUCGUCGGAGAAGAGGCGUACCUUCGCGAUGGCACUCGCACCGAAGGACAUCGUGAAACUGCUGGACCUCCUCAAGGAGGAGAACCUGGACACCAGCUUGGAGAACCUCUGCGCUCAGCUGCAUCAGACCUUCUCCAAGGACGAGCGCUUCAAGGUCGGGACGGUGCUCCUGCUGCAGCUGCAGCACGUCGAUCUGCUACCCAAGCACGUCCAGCGUGUCAUAGCGCUGACGCUGCUGUUCGAUCUGUACCGAGGUGAGUCGCUAGCCACCACGCCGUUCGCCUCUGUAUUCGUGCAGGUGCUGAAGCAGGAGGACACCAGCAACGGGGGCUCGAAGCCGCCCAGCCACACCGGCCACAUACCGUUUAUAUCCAACUGCGAGAGGAACCUGCUCGUCAAUCUGAUGGGGUUCAACCAGAAGGACAUGAUGAAGAAGACGCCGCGCCAGGUCGUGGACGAGUUCUCGUUCGCCGCCGUGCCGUCCAUCGAUCUGACCAACCUGCAGCUGCAGCUGGCGGAACACCAGUCCGAGCUGCCGUCCGUAAGUAAGUGCGGGAAUCCCAUAAUACUGCCCGACAUGGACCAUUCGAAGGGGACAGAGUACGACGCGGCGUCUGUGAAAGGUAUAAUAGAGAGCCUCGCCAUCGGCGACCCACCCCUCUGCAGGCAGAGCUGUCGCCCCGAGUUCCUCAGGCUCAGGCCGCCGAUCUAUCACAGCAUCAACGAGAUAGCCUGGUUCCACGUGACGGAGCCGACGCAGUUCACCAUCGAGUACGACACCAGCAUGUGCGUGUCCAACUGCGCCAGCGCGGAGGCGCGCAGGCUCAUGGGCAAGGCCUUCAAGAACGUUUUGACGCUGACGCAGCAGCAAUAUUUGAUCAGCGAGCUGAACAAGGACCCGAAGCUCGUUUAUCAUAUCGGACUCACGCCCCCCAAAUUGCCGGAUCUGGUCGAGAACAAUCCUCUGAUCGCCAUCGAGGUCCUCCUUAAGCUAAUGCAAUCCAGCCAGAUCACGGAAUACUUCAGCGUGCUGGUGAACAUGGAGAUGUCUCUUCACUCCAUGGAGGUCGUCAACAGGCUGACCACCACCGUCGACCUGCCGACGGAGUUUGUACACUUGUACAUCAGCAAUUGCAUAUCCACCUGCGAGACUAUCAAGGACCGUUACAUGCAGAACCGACUGGUGCGGCUUGUCUGUGUGUUUCUCCAGUCCCUGAUAAGGAACAAGAUCAUAAACGUCCAGGAACUGUUUAUCGAGAUCCAAGCGUUCUGCGUUGAAUUCAGCCGUAUCAGGGAAGCGGCCGCGUUAUUUCGGCUUCUCAAACAACUCGAGUCCGGUGAUACCGGUGGACUUAACGCUCCACCAGUAAGAAGUAGAACAGAUAUGUGUUAAAAUGCGCCAUAAUGCCUAUAAAUACAGACUGGAGUAGCUAUAUAAAAUAAAAUAUGUAUAAUUGAUUGAGUCGUUAAAUUUAGUAAGAAAUAUGAUUGUACGUUUGAGCAUCUUAAAGUCGCAUUCUCUGUACGGCCAAUGGGAUGAAAAACGACGAUUGUAUUGUAUUAUUAAAUUGUUAGCAAAAAUUAAAUGAAAAACGAGUUCAAAUCAUGUAUUUAAGAAAAAAAAAACUAUCUUGUUCAACAAGACACAUCAAACGUGUCUUAAAGAGAUUCUUGCUCAUCAAAAUUAAUUUUUUAAUUUUAACGUACGUAGGAGUGAAUAUAAAUUUAUUAUAUACAUAUUUGAAACAUUGAGAAUAAUAUAUUUGCGCAAAGUACUUCUAAUCUAAAAUCUGACAUCGUGCUUUUCUAUACUGGUGACGUGGCGUGAAACGUUCUAUCGUGUAAUAAACAACUGCCUUGCAAUAUAUGUAAAUAACGAAUUUAUAAUUGUAAAAUUUUUACAUAUUUGUAUGUAUUGUACUCCAGAUUUCAAGUACAAAAGAAAUUAAUUAUAAUAAUAAAUAUCGCAGGUGAUUAUAAUUUCAUUUAGUGGUCUAGAUGGUCCGAUAUAGCUAAAUGUGUAUGUCUAUACACGCGCGUGUAUGUGUGUGUACACAUUUCAUGAUGUUGAUUCGCAUAAAUUGACAAGCCUUUAUUUUAAUAUUUAUACAACCACGGAUGCGUUCGGGGCACUCACUAUCAGCGCUAUGUAGCGCUGAAAGCGUCAUUCUAUCUUCGUUACUCAUACGUCAAAGAAAGAUUUCAGCGUUAAUAGCGAGCUACGUGAACGUACUUUCACACAUCCCAUGCUAUAAAAGAAAAACCUAUGUGUAUUGAACAAAUUGAUUAUAUGCAUAAUAAAAUAUGUAUAACGAUA